AUGGACGUUGAUCCAAGUCCCGUGCUGGAGGCGCAGCGGAAGGCUCACCCGGAGCUCUCCGAGCAUUUGGACAAAAUGCAAAAAUUCGUCAACACCAAGCUGUAUCACCAACUCACGCAGACUCUUCUGGAGUACCUGGUGAGCCCGCCAUUCGCAGCGGCCACGCCUGCAGCGGCGGCAGAGUUGAAGGACUUCUUCGAAGGCUUCAUCAAGGCUUUUGAGGUGAGAUUCGACAAAGUGCGAUGGGUUCAAAUCCUCUCAAUAGUGGCGAAGCCACAAACGCCAGCCGUUGCGCUGGAGGUGCUCGCACCCUUCGAGGCAUCCAUGGCCGAGAGCCGCGAUGCUAAAUUCCUCUGGCAGGCGCUGAAGGGUGAGAAGCUGACCCUGAAGGGGGACACGGAGUCCGCCAAGGAGCUCCUGGAAAGCCUUGGGGCUGAGAUAGACAGCGCCUACGAGGUGCAGGCACUGAUUCAGUCCCAUUUCCACAAGACCAACGCCCUGCUCUGGAAAACUUUGGGCCGUUCGCAGGAGUUUUACAAGAGCUCCAUCCUCUAUCUCGCGUUCACUCCUUUGGAAGCGAUUCCGGUGGAGGAGAGGCCGCGCAUCGCCUUCGAGACGGUGAUUGCAGCACUGGUCGCUGAGGAGGAGUUCAACUUUGGCGAACUCACCCAGCAAGAGAUCAUUCCAGCGCUCGACGGAGUCUGCCCCAGCUACGAUCAGCCACCCUCGGUUCAAAUCAUUGGGUGGAGCACAUGA